AACGAGUCAUGUGACAGAGUGUUGUUGGUUUGUUGGGCUUCCUGCUUCCUGGUUUCCGUGAUCAUGUGAAUACUACAGCUAGCUGUCCCGGUCAUACACACUACCCCAGUUUGGGCACUCGACACCCCGCUACAGCCUGCGCUGGUUCCCACUAGCUACUCUAUGGCGGAUGGAGAGCGUAGCCCGUUGCUUUCGGACCAGCACGACGGGACGAAUGGUGCCUCGUAUGGCUUUCCCCCGAGGCCACAGAGUUUCCCUCCAUUCCUCAGCCCCAGUGCCCCUCCAUUCCUCAGCCCCAGUGCCCCCCCUCCAGUCCUGUUCGGUGAAGCCCCGCCUCCCUACUCUCCCCUGGGCAGCCCAGACAUUGGCAGCUCCCCCAUCAUCAGUUGCAGGGUGUGUCAGAGUGCCAUCAAUGUGGAGGGAAAGACACACCAACACGUAGUCAAGUGUGUCAUCUGCAAUGAGGCUACACCUAUAAAGAAUGCACCAGCAGGGAAGAAGUAUGUCCGCUGCCCCUGUAACUGUCUCCUCAUCUGUAAAGUCACCUCCCAGAGGAUCGCCUGUCCCCGACUUUACUGUAAGCGUGUCAUGAACUUGGGUCUGGUGCCUGCUGCAGGGUCCGGUUCAGGCAGUCCAGAACCUCAACAACUCGCUGGGGUCAGAGUGGUCUGUGGACACUGCAGAAACACAUUCCUGUGGACUGAUUUCUCAGACAGAACGUUAGCCAGAUGCCCCCACUGCAGAAAAGUCUCUUCGGUUGGCCGGCGGUACCCCAGGAGGCGGGGCUUGUGGUGUUUCCUGUUGUUUUUGGUAUUCUCUGGCGGCACGGCAGGACUAGUGGUGGGAACGUGUAAAUCAGCCUUGCUCAACAGAGGGAUCUAUGCCUCCUGGGUCUUCCUGAUUCUCCUGGCUGUACUGAGCAUGUGCAGAAUGAUCUACUGGGGCUGUCUGAAGAUCAGCGAACCUAUACAGAACAACCCAUAGAGGGGAGAGGAGCCCGUACAGAACAUCACAUAGAGGGGAGAGGAGCCCAUACAGAACAUCACAUAGAGGAGCCCAUACAGAACAUCACAUAGAGGGGAGAGGAGCCCAUACAGAACAUCACAUAGAGGGGAGAGGAGCCCAUACAGAACAUCACAUAGAGGGGAGAGGAGCCCGUACAGAACAUCACAUAGAGGGGAGAGGAGUCCAUACAGAACAUCACAUAGAGGGGAGAGGAGCCCAUACAGAACAUCACAUAGAGGGGAGAGGAGCCCAUACAGAACAUCACAUAGAGGGGAGAGGAGCCCAUACAGAACAUCACAUAGAGGGGAGAGGAGCCCAUACAGAACAUCACAUAGAGGGGAGAGGAGCCCAUACCCAUAGAAAUGGGGGAGGGGUUCCUCAAUGGAGGAGAGGAACCCGGGUUAAAACAUUAGGGAACCCCUGACACAGAGAGGAACAGAGAGAUGCACUAAGGGAGAUAUGGUAUAGGAAGGAGCGUGAGAACAAACAUUAACAUGACCAAGUCAAACCAGAUCAAACCAGAUCAAACUGCCUCUGUCUGGAAUAACUAACCGGUCUUAGUGGCUAUGUCCCAAAUAGUCCACUAUUCACUAUGCAGUGCACUCAACGUUUGACCAGGGCCCCUAUUCCCUAUAUAGUGCACUACUUUAGACCAGGGCCCUAUAGAACCCUAUUCCCUAUAUAGUGCACUACUUUAGACCAGGGCCCUAUAGAACCCUAUUCCCUAUAUAGUGCACUACUUUAGACCAGGGCCCUAUAGAACCCUAUUCCCUAUAUAGUGCACUACUUUAGACCAGAGCCCUAUUCCCUAUAUAGUGCACUACUUUAGACCAGGGCCCUAUAGAACCCUAUUCCCUAUAUAGUACACUACUUUAGACCAGGGCCCUAUAGAACCCUAUUCCCUAUAUAGUGCACUACUUUAGACCAGGGCCCUAUAGAACCCUAUUCCCUAUAUACUGCACUACUUUAGACCAGGGCCCUAUAGACUGAUAGUCCCCUACUGGACUGGCUGUUAGGACUAAUAGUUCCCUACCGGACUGGCUGUUAGGACUAAUAGUCCCCUACUGGACUGGCUGUUAGGACUAAUAGUCCCCUACUGGACUGGCUGUUAGGACUAAUAGUCCCCUACUGGACUGGCUGUUAGGACUAAUAGUCCCCUACUGGACUGGCUGUUAGGACUAAUAGUCCCCUACUGGACUGGCUGUUAGGACUAAUAGUCCCCUACUGGACUGGCUGUUAGGACUAAUAGUCCCCUACUGGACUGGCUGGACUAAUAGUCCCCUACUGGACCGGCUGUUAGGACUAAUAGGACUAAUAGUCCCCUACUGGACUGGCUGUUAGGACUAAUAGUCCCCUACUGGACUGGCUGGACUAAUAGUCCCCUACUGGACCGGCUGUUAGGACUAAUAGUCCCCUACUGGGCUGGAAGGGAACCCAGAGGAGCCUGCACUUGCCAUCACACCAAUCAAUUUGUUUUACUGUAAAAACUGAUUUUUACUGUAAAAACUGACACACUCCGUAUCUACAGUAAAAUAAAUCACUGAGUUCUACAGACCUGGUGAUAUUUAUUGGUUUUUGAUUGAACGAUGAUUGAUUGGUGUGAUUAUAUUUAUAUAUAUAUAUUUCACUCACUCUCUGCAGUCAUUGGCAUUAUGUGAUUUAUUUUUAAAUAGUUGGUUUAUUUUCUAUUAUACAGUUGUCUCCUGUUGUCUGUCACACUCUCUGGUUAAUUGUUGUAAUAUCUAACUAAGUGGAGUCCCAAAUGCCUCCCUAUUCCCUACUGCUAUUGACCUGAGCCCUAUUGGCCAUAGUGCCCUGCUAUUGACCUGAGCCCUAUGGGUCAUAGUGCCCUGCUAUUGACCUGAGCCCUAUUGGCCAUAGUGCCCUGCUAUUGACCUGAGCCCUAUGGGUCAUAGUGCCCUGCUAUUGACCUGAGCCCUAUUGGCCAUAGUGCCCUGCUAUUGACCUGAGCCCUAUGGGUCAUAGUGCCCUGCUAUUGACCUGAGCCCUAUUGGCCAUAGUGCCCUGCUAUUGACCUGAGCCCUAUGGGUCAUAGUGCCCUGCUAUUGACCUGAGCCCUAUUGGCCAUAGUGCCCUGCUAUUGACCUGAGCCCUAUUGGCCAUAGUGCCCUGCUUUUGACCUGAGCCCUAUGGGUCAUAGUGCCCUGCUUUUGACCUGAGCCCUAUUGGCCAUAGUGCCCUGCUUUUGACCAGGGCUUUAUGGGCCAUUGUGCCCUUCUUUUAAGUAGUGCCCUAUGAAGGGGAUAGAGUGCCCUUCUUUUAAGUAGUGCCCUAUGAAGGGGAUAGAGUGCCCUUCUUUUAAGUAGUGCCCUAUGAAGGGGAUAGAGUGCCCUUCUUUUAAGUAGUGCCCUAUGAAGGGGAUAGAGUGCCCUUCUUUUAAGUAGUGCCCUAUGAAGGGGAUAGAGUGCCAUUUGGGAUGCGAUCUAACUGUAACGUGUUGUUGCACUACAUCCUAAUGAUUUUAGAUCUGGUCCAAGGCGUUACGUGCGACUUGCUGGUUGCCGAACCUGCUAGAUGCACGUAACAACAUGGACAAGAGCUACCUAUCAAUUAUACAGCAGAAUAAUAAUAAUAACAAGUCCUGUUGUGCUGAUAAUAUAUAUAUAAUAUAUAUUCUGAGUAAUGUUGUGAGACUAAAAAACUUUUAACAAAA